AUGUUUUGGAAACACUUGAAUAAUAUAAUCGCCACAGAAAACUUCUGCAUUUACACCUUCCAUAUUCUAACAUUCUUCGAGAUUCCAAUCAACACCUUCGUCGCUUAUUGUAUCGUCUUUAAAACUCCAAAACACAUGCUGUCAGUUCGGCCGAGCAUGCUGAUUUUGCAUGUGACGAGCACAAUUCUCGAUUUAUAUCUGAGCCUCUUGACCUGUCCGAUGUUUUUACUUCCCUAUCCAGCCGGAUAUCCGAUGGGAUUGCUGAGAUUUUUGAAUGUUCCCGUAUCGAUUCAGGUGUAUCUGGCGAUUAGUUUUAUUGGAGGUUUGAUCUUUUUUUUUUUGAAAAUUAGAAAAAAACUUUUCCAGUUGUCUCAACUUCCCAAGUAAUUUUAUUCGAAAAUCGCUACAAUACACUACGAUCUAACACGGUGGAUUCACUUAACCGAAAGAUCCGGCGAUACUCGAUCGCCGGACUUCAAUACAUUUGGGGCAUCACCUUCAUCAUCCCCGCCUUUUUCAAUAUUCCCGAGAAAAAUCAAGCCGUUCAUGCGAUCCUGGAGGAGUUUCCCGAUUUUCCCGGUGCUCACAAGCUAUUUCAGAACCCAUAUUUUUUCUGUCUAACCCUGCAUCCAGCCAUCGCAAUUCUAGCCAUCAUCGCAACACUCUUCAUAGUUGUUCCCCAAUUAUUAUUCUAUCUCACCGCAUCGUUCCGAUAUCUGAUCAAAAGCAGACAUUCGGGAUCGAGAAGAACCUAUCAACUUCGAAUGCGAUUCAUGUUGGCGCUGUGUUUGCACGUUUGCAUUCCGAUGAUUUUUCUCGCCGGGCCAGCUUGUUUUGUUGUCUUCUCACUUUCAACAAGAUAUUAUAAUCAGGGAAUUUCGAAUUUGACGAUUAUAUUUUUUGCAACUCAUGGUGGAAUCUCUUCAAUUGUCACUCUAAUUGUUCACAAACCGUAUCGUGAUUUUACAAUUGAAACUUUUUUUCGGUGGAAGUUUUUUCGAAUUGUUAAAGAGAAAUUGAAGUAUGUUGUGUGAAUAAAGGGUUUUUUAAUUGCCACGUCAUAGUUAAAAAAAUUAUUCUGGAGUUGAGUUAUGAUAAUUUUUAUCAGCGAAUUUUUGAACUUUGAGAGCUCAGAACUUUGCUCAGAGGUCCAUUGGGAUACUAAAAUUUUCCGGCUGAAAAUCUAUAAUUUCAAACUUACAACAACUAUAAGAAGACCGGCAACAAUUGCAUUUUUUCCAGAAAAUAAAAAUCAGAUUUGAAAUUUUCACACAUUUUUGUAAAAAUUUUACAAUUCGAGUUUUUUUUCAAAACAGAAAAAAAAAUUUUAUUGUGAGAAUUAGAAAGAACAUAUUAACAUGAGCAAUUCGUGAAAAAAUGCAGACAAAUGAAGCUCUGAAUUUUUGAGUGAAAUAAUUUAAUAUGAGCAAUGCCUAGGUUUUUUUUCCCAAUACUGUUUGUUUAAAAGGUUUUAAAGUUAGAUUAACAUGAACAAUUUUUUUAUUUCUUCUUUAAUAUGAGCAAUUUUUGGAAUUGUUAGGUUAUUGCAGAAAAUUUUUAUUUUUGCAAUUACAAUUGGAUUAACAUAAGCAAUACCUCAUGUUUAGUGUUUCAUAUGAGCAAUGCUCUAUACUGGGAUUCUGUAAGAUUUUUCCAAUGAUUAAAGCUAUGUAGUGUUUAAUAUGAGCAAUAAUGAAAUAAAUUCCUAAUUUUCUGUCAGAAAAACGCCUGAAAAUAAUACGUUUCAAAAUUUCCCUUUCCGAUCUUCCAACAAUUUGUUUCUGAAAUUUUUCUCCACAAUCCAAAAAUCUUGAUUUCUUACACAAAAAUCGUCUUCCCAAAAAAAUCUCUCUUAUCAUUCAUCUAUCUAAUGAUUUACAACAACUUCCCAAAAAUUCCUUUUUUUCUAUUUUUAUUUCCCGCGCGCGCGCGUUGUUUUUCUGGCAAACUGCCCAAAAAUCAAGCCACGCCCCCUUUUCGCAUUUUCAAAUGACGUCAUUGUUUUUUGCUAUUAUAACCUAAAAAUUAUGCGGUUCUGUUGUAUUUCUCUCUCUCUCUCGCACUCUCUCAAUCAGCUGUACUCUCUCGUUUUUUUUUAUUGCUGUGUUAUUAUAUAUAUUUUCUGUCUCGCUUUAUUUUCUUUUUUUUUUGUCUUUUUGAAUCUGUCACAGCGAAAAAAAAUUAUUUUUUCUGUUUCCGUGUGGUACGGUGCGCAAAACAGAAAGUGUUUGCACACACAAAGGAAAAAAACAAAAAACAAAAGGGGAGAACACACAAAAACCGUGCGCACAUGCAAUAAUAUUGCAGAAAGACGCUGCCAGGGGUUGCACGUGGAAAACUCCGCCUAUUUUUUUUUUUGAAUUUCCGCAACGAAUUUUUUGUGUACAAAAAAAUAAUUUUUUUCGCUGUGUCUGUUGCACUAUUUUUCCUAGAUAUUUCGCAAUAUUUCCCAAUUUUUUAUUCUAGCCUGAAGAAAAAUUAUUGAUUUUUGCUAGGUUGUUUUUUUCUAAUUUUAUUUGUUCCUUUCUUCUAAAAAAGUGUACUUUCCAUGGAGGAAAAUCAAAGAUCGUGUAGCCAUGAAAAUAUAGAAAAUAAUGACAUUCAUUUGUCAUCUAAAACUGUAUCAGUCGCUUUUUUUGCAAUGAUUUUUUGGGGAAACAUUUUCGGUUUCGCACGCAAUAAUAUUAUUCUUCUUCGGACUUUUUGGAUGGUGCCAUUUUUUUUUGUUUGUAGUUUGAUCUUGGGAUAGGCAAAUGCGCUCUAUUGCUAAUAAUUUUCUAGGGGAUCUGGGUUACUGUAGAGGUAAUGUACAUAUUAGAUCGGUUUCGAAGAUUUUGAUUAUUUCUAGGCUUACUGUAAAUAGAUUACUGUGACCCCAGAAUACUGUAGUUUUACUUUUGUCCAAAUUUUUCCAAGCUUCUGAAACUACCGUAGUCCAAAAUUUCUAAAUUCUGAAUUUAUUGAAAAUCUUUAGAGUACAGUAGUUUUUAAGCUGUAAUUUUUUGAAAAAAUUGCCACGGCGCUCUCAAAACAAAUUUAUUUUGUCAAAAAAAAAAUUAUCAAAGAAAAAGCCGCUUCGAUUUUUGAUUACACUAUUUUUUCUCGAAAAUCGAAAAACAGUUUUGCACUUUUUUUCUCUAACAAUCUGCGCUCUCUCAUUUAUUUUUCAAUUAUUAUUUUUCUUUCAUUUUAUUAUUGUAAAAUAUUCUUUCUGCCGCUCCUGUGGCAAAAUUCUGAUACUGUAGUGGAAUUUUUUGGAGCAUAAUUAAUUUCAGGCUGUUUUCCCGGGUUACUGUAUUUUUGAGCAAUGAGUAGUACUGUAGAAUUAUGUAGUGCUCUACUGAAUAUUCUAGAUUCCAAAAUUCCAUCUAGUGCUAUUUUUUUUCACUGCUAAUUUGUAGUACUGUAGAAUUAUGUAGUGCUCUACUGAACAUUCUAGAUUCCAAAAAAUUGUGUAGAUCAACAUAGAUAGACUUACCGUAGUUUCAGGUUACUGUAGGUCCAAUUUUUCACAUAAGGCUCCGGUUACACUGUAUGUUAUCUUCUUUCUCAAAAAAAAACAGUUUUGCACUUUUUUCUCUGCGCUCUCCAAUCUCUCUCCAAUUAUUUUUCAAUCAACAAUGUUCCUUUCUGCCCCUUCCCAGAAAAAUCAUAACGUCUUAUCAUUUUCCCCCUUCUGCUAUUGCUAUAUUAUAUUUUUGCGCCCCUGUCUCUCCGAAACAUUUCAUCAGAUUUCUUUGAUUCCACUGACCGCUUUCUUAUCUUUCAAAUACAAAAAGUACAAUAUGUUUUUGCAGAACUCAAACUUUUGCGCGCUUCACAGCCACCUUCAGCUCUCUGAAACUCACUUCAACUCACGCCGUUGACUUUUCAACCUUUUUGAAACUUACAGUAAGUUUUUUUUGGGGUGUUUUGUUCAUGUGAAUUUCACAGGUCACAGGUACAGUAUAUUUAGAUGUAUUGUGGGGGUGUGUACUUUGAUAAGAGGGAGGUUUAUGACCCUUGAGGGUUCUUUGAUUGGAGGGGGGGGGGGUACUGUAGUUACAGUACCCAGGGCAGGGUACUGUAGUCAUUUCCGAGCCUGACAAGAGAACCUCGGUUUUUCGAAGAUCUAGAAUUUCUAAUCUUCCUUAAAAAUUCAAAAAAGGUCCCAAAACUCAAUUUUUUAUGCUUUUUGGGUAAAUCGAUCACUUUUUUUUUGAAAAAUUUCAGCAAUUGUUAUUUUCGGCUGAAAAGGUGCUCAUAAUUUGUCCAAAAUCAAAGGUUUUUGUUCUGAAAAUUCAAUUUUUUAUGCUUUUUUGGGUAAAUCGACUUUUUUUCGAAAAAAUUUUAGAAAUUUUUAUUUUUCGGAUUCUUCAAAAAAAUUUUGAUUUGAAAAUUCAAAAUAUUGAUUGAUUUCAGGUAAAUUAAGCUGAUAGUUAGUUUUUUCACAAAAAUCUUGAGUUACAAUAACUUGUUCGAGCCAAUUUUUGAACUUUUGAGAGCCCAGAACUUGACUCAGAGGUCCAUUGGGAGACUAAAAUUUUAACUGUGUUUUUCUGACCCCAAAAGCUGUCUCUGGACAAAAUUUCAUCGAGAUUUGAGUUUAUUGGAUCAUAAAGAUCAGCGAAAUUCCAGAAAAUACAUAAAAAAAUUUUUGAAACGUAAAAAUUUCGGGGAGAAAAAAUGAAGUUCCUUUCCAGACCCAACCUUCAAAACUCUCAACCAAUCGAAAAUGUGUGCUCCAUACAACGCCGCUGUUCACUACGCUUACGCCGAUGCCGUCGCCGCCGCCCAAUCCGCUCAGCUCGAAAGUCCUCCGCCGACCUACUUAA